AUGCUUUCAGCACGCCCCGUCAUUAGAAGAGCUGCUCGUUCUGCUGUCGCCAUCAAUGUCGCCCGCUCUGUUCCUCGCGUGGUCCGCCCAUUAGUUUCUAGAGGUUACGCUGCCGCCAAGGCUGCUCCAACCGAAGUUUCUUCCAUUUUGGAAGAGAAGAUCAGAGGUGUUUCUGCCGAGGCUGACUUGAACGAGACUGGUAGAGUCUUGUCUGUUGGUGAUGGUAUUGCCCGUGUCUUCGGAUUGAACAACUGUCAGGCUGAAGAGUUGGUUGAAUUCUCCUCAGGAGUCAAGGGUAUGGCCCUGAACUUGGAGCCAGGUCAAGUCGGUAUUGUCUUGUUCGGUUCCGACAGAGGUGUCAAGGAGGGUGAUACCGUCAAGCGUACCGGUAAGAUUGUUGAUGUCCCAGUUGGUCCUGAACUGUUGGGCCGUGUCAUUGAUGCUUUGGGUAACCCUAUCGAUGGUAAGGGACCAAUUAACUCUAAGGUUACUUCCAGAGCUCAAUUAAAGGCUCCAGGUAUCUUGCCAAGAACAUCCGUUUUCGAGCCAAUGCAGACUGGUCUGAAGUCUGUCGAUGCCCUGGUGCCAGUUGGUAGAGGUCAGAGAGAGCUUAUCAUUGGUGACCGUCAAACCGGUAAGACUGCUGUCGCUCUUGACACCAUUUUGAACCAAAAGAGAUGGAACAAUGGUUCCGACGAGUCCAAGAAAUUGUACUGUGUCUACGUCGCUGUCGGUCAAAAACGUUCCACUGUCGCCCAGCUGGUUCAAACUUUGGAGCAAAAUGAUGCUCUUAAGUACUCUAUCAUUGUUGCUGCCACCGCUUCCGAGGCCGCUCCACUGCAAUACUUGGCUCCCUUCACCGCCUGUGCUGUCGGUGAAUGGUUCCGUGACAACGGAAAGCAUGCUUUGAUCAUCUACGAUGAUUUGUCCAAGCAAGCUGUUGCUUACCGUCAAUUGUCUCUGUUGCUGAGACGUCCUCCUGGACGUGAGGCUUACCCAGGUGAUGUUUUCUACCUGCACUCCCGUCUGUUGGAGAGAGCCGCUAAGAUGUCCGACAAAUUGGGUGGUGGUUCUUUGACCGCUUUGCCAGUCAUUGAGACCCAAGGUGGUGAUGUCUCUGCUUAUAUUCCAACCAACGUCAUUUCUAUUACUGAUGGUCAAAUUUUCUUGGAGGCUGAGCUGUUCUACAAGGGUAUCAGACCUGCCAUUAACGUCGGUCUGUCCGUUUCUCGUGUCGGUUCCGCCGCCCAAGUUAAGGCUAUGAAGCAAGUUGCUGGUUCCUUGAAGCUGUUCUUGGCUCAAUACAGAGAAGUUGCUGCCUUCGCCCAAUUCGGUUCCGACUUGGAUGCUUCUACCAAGCAAACUUUGAACAGAGGUGAGAGAUUGACUCAACUGUUAAAGCAGAAGCAAUAUGCUCCUUUGGCUGCUGAGGAACAGGUUCCAGUUAUUUACGCCGGUGUCAACGGUUUCUUAGACUCCGUCCCAUUGGAGAGAAUCGGACAAUUCGAGGAGGAAUUCCUGGCUUACUUGAAGUCCAACGAGACCGAGGUCUUGGAGGCUAUCAGAGUAAAGGGUCAAUUGUCCGAUGAAUUGUUGGCCAAGUUGAAAUCUGCUACCGAGUCCUUCGUUGCUACUUUCUAA